ACAAACUGCGCGCGCGCUCCUCCAGCUGUUUUCUCGGCUGUGCUCAGUGCUGUGCUUCGGCCUUCGACAGUCUGGCUCUGGCGAUCGAGCGGCGAGCCAGGACCGGUUCUAUUUCUUUCACUCAAAAUAUACAUGCACAAGUACACAUACCUCUCGUCUCUUUCUCUUCGCGUGCGACUCUGCGCAAUACACCAUCGACGCUGACGGAGAGUUUUGUUCCUCGACGACGCCGCAGCGCUGGAAAAGUAACCCGUGGGAUCGUGCUCUGGAGAUGGCGAGAAAGCGCGGUCGAGACUGAAUGUUCCGUGUAGUAGGAUAUCAUUGAAGACAAUAAGCAAAAGUAUGUACACACACAGAGACGAGAUGCAAGAGAACGCGAACGAGGAGGAUCCGUCGUACCACACGGUGCUACUCAGCACCUUCGUUAUCAGGAAGAAGAGGUGCAGGGUUUACUUUCACAAAGGCACGCUGAUCUGGGAGACCGAGCGACCACCUUACACACGAUGGACGCUUCCAUUGACGGACGUUCUAACGGCCACCUACGGCGACGACGUGAGGGUUUCCGGUCUUACGGGCACCAGCAACGAAGCUUUCCGGGACAAAGAGAAGGAGUCGCAGGCGUCCGCGCCGACGUCGCCAAGCUCGACGACACCUAACUCGCCCACCAGCUUCGUACUGCACUAUGCGGCUCAAGGAGCCAAGAACAAGUGGAGCCAUCACAGCGUGACCAUGAACCAUGACGAUCCCAGGCAGGUUUCGUCCUGGGUCAAAACCAUCAGGAACUACCUCGCCAAUUUAUCUCAUCGUCCAAGAAAGAUUCUCCUUUUCGUAAACCCUUUCGGGGGCAAGAAGAAGGGACUGCAUAUCUGGGAGAAGAGAGUGCAGCCGCUAAUGGGUAUAGCUGGUGUCGAGGCAAAGGUCAUCGUCACGGAACGUGCCGGACACAUUCGUGACGUCUUGCUCAACUGUGAACUGGACAGUUAUCAGGCUGCGGUAUGCGUAGGCGGUGACGGAACGUUCGCCGAGCUUUUUAACGGUCUGAUCGCACGCACAGCCCGCGAUCAGCGAAUCGACCUAAACGACCCAGACGUAUUGCUGCCAAAGCCGACUCUUCCAGUGGGCGUCAUCCCCAGCGGCAGCACCGACACCCUGGCCUACAGUCUCCACGGCACGACCGACGUCGAGACUGCCGUCAUACACAUCGUCUUCGGAGACUCAGCUGGACUGGACGUCUCCUCGGUCCACAACGAAAAAAAUUUACUUAGGAUUUACGCGAGUAUAUUUAGCUACGGAUAUCUGGGCGAUGUCAUCAGGGACAGCGAGAAGUUCAGGUGGAUGGGACCGCAGAGAUACGACUAUUCGGGCUUUAAAAAAAUCAUAGCCAACAAGGGCUACGAGGGAGAAGUGGUACUACUGUCCGAUCCGGGACAUCCGGCUGCCUGCGAGAGGUGCACCAAGAACUGCGCGCGCUGUAUCGAGAUAUCGCACAACGGCACGGUCGACGAUGACAAGCGGCUGACGGUCAGGGGCAAGUUCUUCAUGGUGAACGGGGCGAACAUCUCGUGCGCCUGCUCGAAGAGCCCGAUGGGAUUCAGUCCGCACUGUCACAUAGGCGACGGCUGCGUCGACGUCAUCCUCGUCAGGCACACCUCGCUCAUCAACAACAUACGCAUGCUGUUCAGGCUCAGCAGCAAGGACAAGACACUGUACGACCUGCCGUUCGUGGAAGUUUAUCGAGCCCGCGAAUUCACCUUUAAAGCGUCGAAUCCAGGCUCGAAUCAACAACAGCGACAGCAGUCUUACGAAAAUAGUACCACAACUGGACCACGUUCAAACUUGGGCAGUUCGGCGUUGAGUGUCUGGAACUGUGACGGCGAGGUCAUCGAUGCCUCCAGCGUUAAGAUCAGGGCCCACCGUCAGUUGCUGAAGGUCUACACGCGUCGGAUGCAGCCCGAGCCAAGACCGAAUCCAUCCUGCUUCUGUCUACUCUGAGGACUGUUCCGUCGGCCGCGUCAACCCGACACGACCGACCCAAUCAACCUCAGCUCGUCUCCUCUGACCGUUCUUGCAUAAGGAUUCGGCACGAGUUCAACGAACUUAUAUACCCAAUAUCAGAUAGCCUUAUGCAAACUCGAAGUCGCGCGCACGUGUUUAUAUGUGUGUGAUUAUAGAGGGAUGUUAAAUUUGAAUGCGGUGCUCUUAGGACGUAAGAUUUAGCUGGCCUUGAUUAGUUAAUUUAUGUGUAGGGAUGUUGAUUUUGUGGCUCGGAUGAAGGCGAGCGUAUCUGUGACUAAGUUUUGAAAAUUUAUAGAGGAUUUCGACGAGAUAUUUUUGUAACUUUUUGUUGACAAAUUUGUGCACAAUGAAAACUUCUUAUUUGCGUUUUUUUAACCUUAAGGCGUUUAUGCGAAAAUGAUUAUUUGACGAGAACGAGUUCCGCGUGUGCACGUAUGCAAUGUGCAUACUAAACGUCAAUUUGUGCGAACAUGGUAUUAAUUAUGAUGAUCGCGCAUUUGCAUUUACGUAUGCUUUUAAUCGAAUUUUAAGCAUCACUCUGACUAGUUUAUUAACGGAUUUUAUGCGGUUUUUUAUGUGAAUUUCAUCGAACUUGAAACCUCAAUCAUCAUUCCAACUGAAUAAAAGUAAAGGCGACACGAGAACGGCUAUACUGUGCAAUUCGAGAGACGCGUGUAAAAACGAUUGAUCGAAUCAAACAAAAUAUGGUGCUACUUUGAAGCAUAAUAAAUUCAACUGUACAUAUAAUAACUAAAUGUGAGAGAAAUACGGAUGUAAACUGGAGCGAUUUAAUUCUGUAUUAUAAGAAAACUGCAAUUCGUCAGGGUAACAAUUAUGUGUAUUUGCCGACAAAGAGUGUCUUUUUUUACAAGCGAUUGCUUUUGAAAGUGAUUAUUAUGGUUUUGUACUUGACAGAUUAUAUUAUCGACAUGAGACGCUUGUUGUAAUAUCUUUUGUAAAUUGGUUUUAUACAAGAUUUUCAGGUGUACAUACGAGACGAAAUUAUAUUUUUUAAUCCUUGAUACUUAAGAGGAAGAAUUUUUCGCAAGACGUUUUUUCUAUUGGAUGCAAUUGGCAAAUUCACGAGGUCGAAAAAAACGUUAUAAACCGGUAGAAGUAUUUUGUAAAAAUAGGUGCAAUUCAAUAGCUGAUGGCGUAUUUUAAAAUCAUACAUGUAAGUUCAUAUUGAAUUUUGUCAAAAGACGAACGACGGGGUGGAUCGCAAAAAUACACACAUUAGUUUUUAAUGGCUAUAUGAUGCAUAUGAAUUUAGCUUCUAAAUGGCAAUUGUACUCGUCAUAUUUAACUAACGAUAUUAUGAUAACGAUAUUAUAAACGUAUAAUGAUUAUAUUGCGUUGCACAAUACUGCAGGUAGUGUGAUGACGACAUCUCAUUUGAUUAAGACUGAUGGGAAUCAAUGAAAGCAUAAUAAGAAGAAAUAUAUUAAUGGGCUGCAUUUUGUUGUCUAUGAGAUUUUUGUAAAUAUUAACUUAAUUUCUCUUUUGUCUCAAAGCAAAAGCACAAAUACCAUUUUUAAUCGUAACAUAAUUUUAAGAGUUUAUCCAUGUUUUAUAAAAAUGUGUUAAUAAUAUUUUGCAUUUUCCAGCUGUUCAUGAUGAUUCCAUAGAUUUCCAUCUCUUUGCUGUUUCAAAAAAUCGUCUUUGCGUUGAAUAAAUAAUAAACACUACGACAGUUAUUUGUUAUAGCAAUUUUCAUACCUUUUGCAAUGGUGCGGUGCAAUGAUUUUUAUUGGGAACAAUAUGCGUACAUAGCGCACGAAAAAAGCGUCUGAACACUAGGUGAUGGUGUGCACAUCAUUCCUCUGUAGCGUUAUUUACUUACUUUUUGACGAUCGUCCUCUAGAAUAUACUGCGUACGAUACACUUAAUGAAAGUUCACGUUUUUACUGCAUUGGCUGCGUUAACCAUAAUCACGCGUGUAUGUUCAUACACUGACAUGCGCGUACACACGCGCAGCACAAGCGCGCACACACACACUCACACACACAAAACGACUGAAUUCUUGGAGUCGACAAAUUAUACAUUAUUAUCCAGGGUUUUUUCGAGACAGGGCUUAAGUGAAAUUCAUUGUGAUAAUUUUAGUAUUAAACAGAGCAUAGAGUUUAUUUGUUAAAUUUUCUUAGAAAAUCUCCCGUAGUAAAUAAAAUUUUAUUAAAAAUAA